UUAUCAAUUUUAGCAUAAACAAACACUUCUGCUGCAUCUAUCAAGCCAUUAUUCUUUUCUUUCUUUCGUCGUCUACCGCUCUUUCACUACCACCGUUCCACACCAAAAGUUAGAGAAUUUACAGAAAAGUUAUUAUCCAUGGCGGCUGCUGCUGCCACCGCUGAUGAAGAACAGCAAGUCCAUGUUCUACUGGUGGUGGUGCUGCAAGCCCACAUGAAUCCCAUGCUCAAAUUCGCCACGUGCCUCGCCUCAAAGGGUGUCUAUAUCACUCUCGCCACCACCGAAACCGCUCGAGACACCCUUCUCAACUUCGACACCACCUUCACAAUCCUACACCCCAAAAUCCACCUCGAGUUCUUCUCCGACGGCCUCGCCGCCGAGUUCAACCGCGAGAAGGGCGCCGACGUCCUCACCACCCUCCAAGUUUCCGGCUCCAAAAACCUGUCCAACCUUAUAAAAAACCUCACUUCCGACAAUAAACUCGCAAUCUCGUGCAUAAUCUUCAACCCCUUUGGACCUUGGGUUGCUGACGUGGCGGCCGAUCACGGCAUCCCCUGCGCCCUGCUCUGGAACCAAUCUUGCGCGACGUUUUCACUUCUCUACAGAUACGCCAAAAAAAUCGAACCUUUCGAUCCAAACUUGGAAUUGAACGCAAAAAACAUUCUGGAUUGUCCGGGAAUUCCGAAUAUAGAAGUUGGCGAUCUUCCCACCACUGUUCUCCCGUCAACCCCUUUCCAUUUUAAGAAACUGAUAUCGGAUUCCGUCGGAAGCUCGGAGAAAGCCAAAUGGGUUCUGGGGAAUUCGUUUUACGAGCUCGAAAAAGGCAUCGUAGACUCCAUGGAAUCGCUCAUUCCGAUUCGUCCAAUCGGUCCGUUGGUCUCGCCAUUCAUACUGGGCAGAGCAGGGGAAGAUGACGAAACCCUCCACAUCGACAUGUAUGAGGCCGAAGAUUCCUGCAUAGAGUGGCUCAACCGGCAGCCAAUCUCCUCCGUCGUCUACGUCUCGUUCGGCAGAGUUACCGUUCUGUCCCAGACCCAGAUUGACAAUAUUGCCCUCGCAUUGAAAACCAGCAAACGGCCGUUCCUUUGGGUGCUAAAGCCGCCAGCGGAGGGUUCCAAGAUGGAAGUGGGAGAACUGCCAUUAGGGUUUUUGGUGGAGACGAGGGAGAUGGGCAUGGUGGUAAACUGGUGCUCUCAGGAAAAAGUGCUUAUGCACAAAGCAGUUGCCUGCUUUAUGACUCACGGCGGUUGGAACUCGACGCUUGAGACGGUAGUGUCUGGUGUGCCGGUGGUGGUUUAUCCUGAGUGGACCGAUCAGCCCACCAAUGCCAAGCUUUUGGCUGAUGUGUUUGGUGUUGGUGUGAGGAUUAGGGUUGGUGAGGAUGGGGUUGCUAGCAGUGAAGAAAUGAGGAGAUGCAUUGCGGAGGUUGUGGAGGGGCCAAGGGCGGAGGGCAUGAAGAAGAGAGCGAAGGAGUUUAAGGCGGCGGCAAAAAAAUCAGUGGAAGGUGGUGGUUCUUCUGACCGGAAUAUUGAUCAAUUUAUCAGUGAAAUUUCUGGGAAAUCUUGAUGGGAAUUAGUUUCUUUUAGGAAGUGUAAUAAUUUGAUUCCUCAUUGGUCAUGAAUAUGAAGAAUGUACGACUGCAGAUCCAAAUCCAAACCAUGAUCUAGAUAUGCUCUGUUUUUUUUUUCCCUUAUUUUAGUAGGGUUCAAUUUUAAAUGUUUUUUUUUUAAAUGUAUUUUUCUUGUUGAAUAAUAUUUUCCUAUCACUUACAUUA